GAAAUCCUCGUUUUGUUUUUGAAUUUUUAUUUUUCGUCUUGUUUGUUUGCAUGAACUCUCAAAUCCCCAAAAACAAAAAAACCAAAAGAAAAAAUAAAUUCCCAUCUUCUCUUCGAAGAUUGAAACUUUCCUUCACUUUCCCACUGGAAAAAUUUCAACCUUUUUCCAGGAAAAGAAAAUGAGGUGGGAAAAGGUUCAGUCGUACCCAAAAGAAGUAGGAGGUGUGGGAGAAGCAUAUGCUGGGCCAGGGAAGAGAUGGGGACAUACGUGCAACACAAUUAAAGGGGGCAGAUUUCUCUAUGUUUUUGGUGGUUAUGGCAAGGAUAAUUGUCAAACCAAUCAAAUUCACGUCUUUGACACUACUAAGCAGACAUGGAGCCAACUAGAAACGAAAGGCACACCGCCAACGCCAAGAGACAGCCAUAGUUGUACUACCGUUGGUGACAAUCUAUUUGUUUUUGGUGGUACUGAUGGGAUGAACCCUCUCAAGGAUCUAUAUAUAUUAGACACUGUCACACACACAUGGAUCUGUCCAAGUGUAAGAGGUGAAGGGCCAGAGGCACGUGAGGGUCACAGUGCAGCUCUCGUUGGUAAACGAAUCUUCAUAUUUGGUGGGUGCGGAAAGUCUUCUGAUAACAAUGAUGAAAUAUAUUACAAUGAUGAAAUAUAUUACAAUGACCUAUACAUUCUAAAUACAGAGACCUUUGUGUGGAAACGCGCUGCAACAUCAGGGAACCCACCAUCUGCUCGUGAUAGCCAUACUUGCUCAUCAUGGAAGAAUAAAAUUAUUGUGAUUGGUGGUGAAGAUGGGCAUGAUUACUAUUUGUCUGAUGUUCAUAUCCUUGAUACAGAUACUCUUGCAUGGAAAGAGCUGAAUACCUCUGGCCAGGUGUUGACACCUCGUGCUGGCCACUCUACUGUGGUUUUCGGCAAGAACUUAUUUGUUUUUGGGGGAUUUACGGAUGCUCAGAAUCUUUAUGACGAUCUCUACAUGCUUGAUGUUGAUACCAGCAUUUGGACCAAGGUGAUAACUAUGGGUGAUGGUCCUUCUGCUCGAUUUUCUGUUGCUGGGGAUUGUUUGGAUCCCCUUAAGAGUGGUGUUCUUGUGUUUAUUGGUGGCUGCGACAAGACUCUUGAGGCACUGGAUGACCUGUACUACUUACACACAGGACUUGUUGUACGGGAUGAAAGGAAGCUAGAGAAGUUAUCCUUGAGAAAGCAAUUGAAGCUUAAGUGUCAAGAACAAAAUCUUUCCAAUUUUGGACGCGAUAAAGCUCUCCUUAGAAUUGAAGUUGGCAAUGAUGUGAACCAACCCAUUCCUUUAUCUAGCUCUGGCCAACCGAGAAUUGAGAAUUUUCCAUCAAACGAAGUCCUGCUUCGAGGAAAAAAGACAUUUCAAGCUAAGGUUACUGAGAGCUUCCCACAUGGAUAUACCAUCGAAACUAUUAUAGACGGGAAGCCUCUUCGAGGAAUACUUUUUGCUAACGUGCCUGUACAAGUACCCAACCAUAAUCCCAGCCGAAAAAGGGCUUAUGUAGAAGUUGGGGAUACUGUGUUAAACGGUGAUUGCAAUAGUAAAUUGGGAAGCGUGAGGCAGGAUUCUGGAGAUCAUAAACAAGCUGAUGUUGAUGAGAAGGAUUAUUUAUUGCUUGAUACAGAAGCUCCUGCUCCAAGUUCAACGAAUUUGGCACAGUCUGAUCUAUCCACCCACAUGGGUCCUGCAAAGCAAGAUAUUUCUCCAUCAGCAGCUCAUCUGAACCUAAAUGAUGAUAAGGCAGGCGAUGCACUGAACUCUGGCACUGAAGUUCUGAAAGGAAUUGGAGCCAUGAGUACUGGUUUAUCUAUUAACUCAACUCCUAAGCAAGAUGAGAGGAGACCAGACACCUUGGUGCUCUACAAUACCGAGAAAUCGAUAUGAACGGUGAACAAUCAAUCUUUAACUCCAUUAUUGACGACAACUCAACAUAACGAAACACACAAACCAUGUCUAUAUUUGUUGCUUCAAGGUGAUUUUUGAUGCAUGUGUUACUGAUGUAUGAUACUGAAUCUGCUUAGUUUUUAGCAAAGUAAUCUGCCCUCAGUUUCAGACUUCUUUUUUUCACAGUCUAACAACUAAUAUCUGUUUUUCCUGGGUUCGUACCGGGGUCCAUGCUGUAGUUUUGUUUAGAACUGGUGAUGUCUUGAUUAUCAUGUCUUUGGAUUGAAAGGAUUUCUGCAGAAAGCAUCCCAGUCCCAACAUACAGUGUGGGGAAUGCCGAUUCUAAUCGGAGAGCUGUGCAUUUCCAGGUUUUGAUAAAUGUAACAUUUUUCGGCAUUUCCGAACU